AUGAGCUGUCUGGAUGUUAUGUACCAGGUCUACGGUCCUCCGCAGCCUUAUUUCGCAGCCGCAUACACUCCCUACCACCAGAAACUAGCCUACUACUCAAAAAUGCAGGAAGCCCAAGAAUGCAACGCCAGCCCAAGCAGCAGUGCCAGUGGGAGUUCCUCGUUUUCCAACCAAACCCCAGCCAGUGUAAAAGAAGAGGAGGGCAGCCCGGAGAAAGAGCGCCCACCCGAAGCUGAGUACAUCAACUCCAGAUGUGUCCUCUUCACCUACUUCCGGGGGGACAUCAGUUCUGUGGUGGACGAACAUUUCAGUAGGGCCCUGAGCCAGCCUAGCAGCUACGCCCCCAGCUGUACCAGCAAAGCACACAGGAGCUCCGGACCCUGGCGAGCAGAAGGCACCUUCCCGAUGAGCCAGCGCAGCUUCCCCGCCUCCUUCUGGAACAGCACGUACCAGGCACCGGUGCCCGCGCCGCUGGGCAGUCCUCUGGCCGCCGCACACUCAGAGCUGCCCUUCACCGCCGACCCCUAUUCUCCUGCUGCGCUGCACGGCCACCUGCACCAGGGCGCGGCCGACUGGCACCACGCACACCCGCACCACGCACACCCGCAUCCACACCAUCCCUACGCGCUGGGCGGCGCCCUGGGAGCGCAAGCCUCAGGCUACCCGCGGCCAGCCGUGCACGAGGUCUACGCGCCCCACUUCGAUCCGCGCUAUGGGCCGCUGCUCAUGCCCGCAGCCUCUGGCCGCUCCGGCCGCCUGGCCCCUGCCUCUGCUCCUGCUCCCGGCAGCCCGCCCUGCGAGCUCGCCGCCAAGGGCGAGCCGGCGGGAGGCGCGUGGGCCGCGCCUGGGGGACCCUUCGUGAGCCCCACCGGGGACGUGGCCCAGAGUCUGGGCCUCAGCGUGGACUCAGGUAAGCGGAGGAGGGAGUGCAGUCUCCCCGCAGCCCCUCCAGCACUGUACCCGACUCUGGGCUGAGCUCCAGGCGCCCCGACUUCCCUUGGGAGACCCCCCAGGACCAUGUGGCUGAGAGAGUGCAUGCCAUCAUUUUGUGUCUACGGGUAGAUGUCUCUAGAAAGUAGCCCCCUGCCCUCGGCCUGGCUGCUUGGUGGUACAGAGGAGGACUCUUUUUGUUCUUUGAAGAAAGUUCGCUGGAAAGAUUCUAGCCUGCUCUGGUCAGAACCGUAGCCACUAACCACAUGUGACUACUGAGCCUUUACCCUGUGGCUAGGAUGAACGGUGAUGUGCUGUCAGACAUAAUACACACUGGAAUUCCAAA